AUGAACAACAACAAUCAGUUCUCACGGUUCAAUCUCUUCUUUCGUCUUACCUUCAUCAUUCUCCUUCAUCCUUUAUUUCUGCCAGUGCCGUUACUUCAGGGCGACUUCCGGUGUACUCCUUUGGGUUCUUGCAGACUGCAGCUGCAAGAAUUCAAAGGUACUACCCUACAGUCGCCCUUCAAACAUAGUUUCUCAAGGAUUUUGGAGACUUUGGAUGGCGCAGUGACAGCCACUCCUCCCUUUGAGCGCCCUCCUGGCAGUUCCCUAACUUUGUUCUAUUUAGGAUUAUACUUACGAAUUUCGGGACUUUGGAUGGCAGUUAGAGCCACUCCUCUUUUUGAGCGCCCUCCAGUUCCCAACGAUUAUACUUACGAAUUUCGGGACUUUGGAUGGCAGUUAGAGCCACUCCUCCCUUUGAGCGCCCUCCAGUUCCCAACGAUUAUACUUACGAAUUUCGGGACUUUGGAUGGCAGACUUUGGAUGGCGCAGUUAGAGCCACUCCUCCCUUUGAGCGCCUUCCAGUUCCUUAAACUAUUCUGCUUAUUGGAACUGGGGGUUGCGCAGUGCAUGCCACUUCGCAGUGCAUGCCACUUGUUAGUGGCUCCUGCUUAUUGGGACUGGGGCUCAGCGCAGUGCAUGCCACUUGUCAGUGGCUCCUGCUUCUUGGAAUUGGCGGUAUCGCAGUGCAUGCCACUUGUUAGUGGCUCCUGCUUAUUGGGACUGGGGCUCAGCGCAGUGCAUGCCACUUGUCAGUGGCUCCUGCUUCUUGGAAUUGGCGGUAUCGCAGUGCAUGCCACUUCCUGCUCCAACUUUUUAAUGGUGACUGCUGAACCUGCCGGUACUUUUGUGUGGCAAGUGCUCUCUAGUUAA